GGCUAACGACACGAUGAAGUCGAGUAGAGUGGCAAAUGUUGCUGGAUAAAUCCUGGCUUUUAUAAAUCAUGUUUCCUCCGAUUGGUUCUACUUGGAGUCGUGGUCAAACUUUCCACUACUCGGUGUAGUAACUACAGUGUACUUCGUUGUUGCUGUGUUUCUCCCGACAGGCUGGUGGAAUCGCUGUAUCCACUUCAUGGCCACACAAUAGCAUUUUUCUUGCAAAACAACAUCUUGCGCACAUCUGAAGUCCAGGACAUUAUUCUAGUAUUGUUGUUAGUAUAGCAGUGAAGCUAUCAGACAUGGAACAACGGCACAGAGCAGCUCUUCGUAAGUGCCGGGUACGGCUGAUUCGAGAUUUGAAGCCAACCGUAGUCUCGCAUCCUCUCGUUGAGCUGGGCCUGCUCACUGAGGGCGAGGAGGAAGAGGUCCGUUGUCAAGGCACAACGCAAGCAAAGAAUGAGGUGAUCCUCAGCUGUAUUCCGCGGAAGGGACCACGUGCUUACGAAAAAUUCCUGGGACUGCUCGAGUCGCUGGAAUCGCAGAAAUCGCUGGCAGAGGAGCUGCGGAAAGCAGAUGAGCUGGAUGGUGGCCGGAAAGGAUCUCGGCGGCUGCGGGAAAAAUCACCCAGCUCUCCGCAAAUGUCGCCCACCACCAUCGGAGGGAAUGUUGUUGCCCAGGAAUCCGAAAUGCCAAUGGAAGCUUCAGAAGAGCCAAGGUGGGCACCGGUGCCUUCGGAAAAUGCUGCUCCGGGUGGCUUAAUGGCAUCGCAACCUGUGGAUACUAUCCCAAAGUUCCUUGUCAAAAGCACGGUGAAUUUAGACGAUGAAAACCUCGUCUACCCCAUGAAGCACCGGCCACGAGGUUUAUCGAUUGUUAUCAACAACAAGAACUUCCAUCGCAAAUGUCGGAUGAACAAGCGGAAUGGAACUGACAGAGAUGCCGAGACUCUUGACAAGUUGUGGACAGACCUCGGUUUCAGUAACACUGUGUACCAUGACGUUACCAAGCCUCAGGUCGAGGAGUACUUCUCCGCGUUGGCCAAACGGGACCACUCGAACUAUGAUUGCGUGAUUGUGUCCGUACUGACACAUGGCUUGGAUGGUGGGCGCAUAUACACAUCGGACGGGGAGAUUGCCUCGCUGGAGAAGCUGCUGUCCAACUUUAAUGCAGACCGAGCCCACCCAACUCUUGUGGGCAAGCCUAAACUAUUUUUCAUUCAAGCCUGCCGUGGAGAUGACUUUGACAAGGCGACGGACGUUCCUGAUUCUGGUGCGGCAGACAUUGCCCGCUACCUUGAUCAGGAUGCAACGGAUGGCAGUGAGUUGCAGUCGUUGCCCGCCCAGGCUGAUAUGCUCAUAGCUUACGCCACCACUCCAGGCUACGUGUCCUGGCGCAACUCCGAGCACGGAUCCUGGUUCAUUCAAGCUAUUGACGAAGUGUUCCGCAAGGAGGCCUACACUGAGGAGCUCUGUGCUAUGAUGGUGGAAGUGAACCGUGUGGUUGCAAGGGAUUAUGAAGCUAGCGGGCGACACAAGCAGAUGCCGUCACCAAUCAUCCAGCUUCUGAAGAAACUCUUUUUUCGGCCAAAUUAUUUUGUCAGCUGAGAGAUUUCGCAGCAAACGUCAGGUACGAUUACUGCCUGCAGAUGAGUGUUGUUGUUGAAACAGUGACUGUGGCCAUUCCUGAAUGACCUCCAAGGUGAAUGAACCUAAUGACACUGCUCACGGUCCGAAACAUGAUAAGUUACCACGUUCCAUCUGGUGUUCCUGCAUUGUUUUAAGGAUGGUGCAGGCUUUACUGCCAUUUCAUUUUUCACUCUUUACAUGACAUCAUCACUAAUAAGCUCUACAGGGUCAUGUUGAUUAUUAAUUAUGGUGGUACCUUGCUGCGCACAACCUGCAGUGUUGGACUAAUACUUUCAGCAGGUUGAUGUGGUACCAUAAACCGAAAGAGAUGAUAACCUCAUUAUUGUAAAUAGACUUUGAACAGAACAUCUAUCCAAUUUGAAUCUCAGGUUGUUUGCUAUCA